UGGACCCCAGUGGUGAAAUACGUCUGUGAGCUGGAAGGAGACAGGGAAAAGUGGGCUGAGAAGGAAGAGAAACUGAGAAAUAAAGUCAAACAGGUUCUGAAAUGCGACGUGUCCAAAUCCAGCGUCCUGGGCCCUGUGUCUCUGCCCCAAGCCGAUUGCCUGCUCUCCACAUUAUGCCUGGAAGCUGCUUGCAAAGACCUGACCAGCUAUCGUGCAGCACUGAAGAACAUCAGUUCUCUGUUAAAGCCAGGGGGGCACCUGGUGAUGAUGACAGUCCUAAAGGAAACUUACUACAUAGUAGGCCAGAAGAGGUUCUCCUGCCUCUACCUGGAGAAGGAAUCGGUGGUGGAAGCCCUGAGCGAGGCCGGGUUUGAGGAUUGUGUGUUAAAGUUGGUCCCCAGGAGCUGAUCUGCGUACCUCUCUCCUGAAAGACAGAUGAGUACGUCACCUUGGCUUAACCCGAGCAAUGUUCUAAUCAAUAGAUUGCAGAGGCUUCUGGGAAAAAUAAAGCCAGCCAAGAUGGGCAGGAGGAAUACAAUGAACUUUUGAAACUCUGUCUGGGGUGCAGACGAACCUCCGGUUAUUCCUUCGGUCUGUGAGGACUGCCAGCGGGAAGGGAUCUGAGCUAAACUGAAAGCAUUGUGAUGAUGGUGUUUUAUAUGUAACCAUGUGUUUCCAAUAUUCGUACUUUCUGUCACUGGAAUCUGUGCUUCGAUAAUAAACAUAAUGCCUCUUUUCA